CGACGAGAUAUUUCAACCGGUGCGCUGACAAGUUGCGCUUCUCCAAUUGCCAGUGGUGGUGGUGGUUGUUGGAGCUGAAUGAGUCGAUUUGCCCCCAGAAAAAUGUUGGCCGAUAUCGCGCCACCUCGGCAAGCCACAGAUGAUGCUUUGACUUAGUCUACGGGUAAGCCUCGAAGACGCCAUGCUUGCGAAGGCUGUCAUUCAAUUUGAGAAAAACUCUGGACGAUAUGGUUCUUUGAGCGCCGCAGUGCUGUUCGCUGCCUUUAUGGCCGGGUGGAGGAAUGCGGCUCCGCUGGGUAUCGAAAACUUAGAUCGGGUGACAUAUAGUUGCAUGAGCUCGAGGUUCCCGCUGGUAUCUAGGCUAUCUUUCAUGGAGAACCACCGGUUGGCCGGGCAGGCAGGUCGGUGUUUGGCACAUCACACCAGAUUGCGGCGGGCAGAUGUGGUGAUGGCAGAACCGGAUGUAAGUACAGACAAGUGAAUUCGUCUCACGCUGGUGAGCAUGAGAGAUUUGGAGUAAGUUGGUAUGUACAGUUGAUGAGCAUGGGGAGAAGUGGAAGUUUGGAAGAUGUGAAGUAGUUUU